AUGGAAGAGGAAAAAUCGUUAUUACGUGAAGCUGAAGCAGCGGUUGGCGAGUUAUCAUUUGCUGUCAAGAAAAUUGAACUGUCGUCAAAGCUGAAGAGUACGGAACUCUGUGUGUACGUCAACUUAACAACCUGCGAAAAUGAAAAUUACUGCGUGGAAUUGACAUCACGAGGUUGGAGGAUUGUUUCCGGCACCCACGACAAGAUUUCAAGCCCUACGACUAGUGAGCUGACCAGUACUAGUCACUGCUAUGAAACGAUGUACCAGUUGCUGGACUCGUUAUCGCCCGAGUACAGGGUCAGAUUUAGCAACAAAGUAGCAUCCGAGUUGGAAAGACAUUUACGGACAGAAGCUUCGUAG